UUAGAAAAAGCAAGAAACAAUCCGAACGAGUUUUGAAGUUAUCUCCCAUGGAAAAUUUAUAACAGAGAUCAAGAAAAAGAAGAGAACAAACAAUAUGGGAUGUCUGAAUUAGAUGAAGAAAUACAGAGUUUAAAGUCAUUUUAUUGUCAACCUGGGGAAUUUGCAGUCAAAGAAUUUGGAAACAACAAACAAAUAUUAGUUCAUUUAAAACAUAACCAACCUAGCCAGGAGCCAAUUCUUAUAAAUGUUGACCUCAGAGUAACAGAAAGUUAUCCUGAACAAAUACCAGAUAUUAUAGUAAACAGUCCACAACUGACUCAUGAACUUCUAACAAUCAUACGUAAAGAUGCUACAGAAUGUGCUCACCAGAAUCAAGGACAGGCUAUGAUUUUUGUAGUUUUAUGUAGUAUUCAGGACAACUUAGAUAAACUGGUUGAUGAACAGUAUUCUUUAAAGGUACCAGAGGAAGAUGAAACAGGAGAUGUGUGGAAUUGUUUCUUGUUACUUGAUCAUAUGAGAGCUAAAUCUAAAUACAUUAAAACAAUUCACAAGUGGACACAAGAUCUUGAUCUUAAAGGGAGAUUACUGUUCUGUGGGAAACUUAUCCUUAUAUUACUACAGGGUCAACAUGGUAACAUUAAGGACUAUCUAAUCAGACAUCGAAGUGUAAAUGUUGAUGUUGAUUCACAUGGAAGGAGUUGUAAAGAAAGAAUGUUGUCUGUUAUAUGUGAAGAGAAGGCUACAGGUGGCAAAAGAUUUCCAGACUUUACUGUUAUGGAGUAUGAUUUAAAAGAAGACUUGGUGAAGCUAUUUUCUGACUUUAAUCUGUCCUCAUUAUAUUGUAAAUAUAUUAAAGAUGUUUAUUUAUGAUCAUAUUUAUUAUUGUAUUUAUAAUGCAUACAUGUACAAAUCAUAGAACUGCAUAACAGAUUGAUGUCCUUUUCAUUCCUAUGUUUCAAAGGUCAUUGUGCUUUGGUUCUGAUAUAAAAGAACAUGUAACAAUUACUCACGUAAAUAUUUUAUUGUGAUGGACCUAUGAUGUUAACAUCAUAUACUACAACAUCAUAUACAGCCAAAUGUGAGUAGGUCCAGGAAGGUCUUAUUUCAGCCCUAAAAUGGGACUCAUAAAUAACAAUAUUUGUGUUCUGAAAGACUGAAACAAACAAAUUGUAUAAAUAAAGGCAACAUUGGUAUACA